ACGUUAUGGUUUUAUUUUGUAGGUGGGCGGCUAGUCUGUGAUAAACACUUAACAAAAUGUCGAUGUGUUUUUUGUUUGUGUCAAUAUCGAGUUCACAGGUGCAGGUUGUUUUGUUGAUUUCCUUAAGCUUACGCUAAGUUGAGAUCCAAAAUAUCUAAAUCCUUCUCGUUUUGAUACUUUAGUUUCUGUUUUACUUUCUUAAACAUUCGCGAUGGGACUAUUUAAGUGUUGUGUCGGUGGUUGUAAUGCAACCAGUGAGACACAAAAACUCUAUAGUUUUCCCAAGAACGAUAAUUUAAGAAGUUUGUGGCUAUCCUUCUUAGUGCCUACUAAUUCUCUUCUCAUUGGACUCUCUAAAGAUCAAUUGAUUAGAAAGCGUGUUUGUGAGAAACAUUUCGACAAACAGCAGUUUGACGAAGAAGGUAAAAGACUUCGGUAUUCGUAUCCGUGCUUACUUACGGAUGUCGAAAUAGCACACGGGGAACCACGUCCUUCCACUGGAGCUGUUCUAAACUCUUUGAACGAUCAUAAUUAUUACAAAGAGGAUAGUGAUGAGCACGAUGAUGUAACAGACGCUCUAUUGGUCAUUGGGAGAGCAGGUGAGAACUUUCAUGAACACUCAUAUUCUCAACCUGUCAUAUCUGGUACAACAAAUCAAAGAGCUGAAGUCUUAGAACAACAUUCUUGUUCUUAUAAUAAAGAAGUGGAAAGUCUUGCUACGUCUGUGCAGUCUCUCUCUCAGUCAACACGAAAGUUAAAAACUUUUCAAAAAAAGAAGAAGAGCCAACACAAUAUGCUAAUAAAAAAACUGGAAUCAAGUAAAAAGAAAUUUAUUGAACAAGUUACAGAAAUUUCAUCAGAAACUUUGGAUAAAACGUUCAAAGAAAGAAUUGAAAAAGCCACAUUGUAUGGAACAAAUAUAAGAUUAUUUAAAAAUUUUGAUUAUUUGAACAAACAAGCACAAAAGUUUUUAAUGAUGCAAUUACGAGUAUGUAGGCUAAAGAAACACGUGAGACGCUUUAGCUUGGAUGAAAAGCUAUUAUCUUUAACUUUAAUGAAGCAAAGUCCAAAAUCAUAUAAAUUGUUAGAAAAUAUAUUUAAUUUACCUACAAAGAGGACAUUAAAUCGUCUCUCAGAGAAGAUAGAAAUUGAACCAGGAUUGAACUUCAAAGUUUUUGAAUUCAUAAGAAAUAAAAUAAAAAAUUGGAAUACAGAUAAAAAACUAUGCACCAUUGUCUUUGAUGAAAUAUCGUUAACACCACAUCUUACAUAUAAUGAAAAAAGUGAUGAAAUUUAUGGUUUUGUGGAUGUAGCUGAAGAAAGGAAAAAAAGGUUUUGUGAUCAUGCAUUAGUUUUUAUGGUCAGAGGAAUAUGUUCACCGUGGAGACAAUGUAUAGCAUUUUAUUUUUGUGAAGGAACUGUAUCAGCAGCUGCGUUGCAAAAUAUAAUAAAGCAACUGGUCUCCCAAACAGUUCUGACUGGGCUCAUACCAAUAGCAUUGGUUUGUGACCAAGGAUCAACAUUUAGAACAGCUAUCAAAGCUUUCAGAGAAGACACUGUUAGAAAUCGAAAUAUUCAGAAUAUAAAAAAUGAUGGAACCAUAAACAUUGCUGGGCAGAAUUUGAGUGUCUUCUUUGAUCCGCCUCAUCUCCUUAAAGGAAUACGGAAUAACUUCCUCAACAAAAACAUUAUUUGGAAAGGAAAAAAAGCCACAUGGAAAGACAUUGAAUUUAUAUUUGAUGUGGACAGUAAAUUGGGACACACCAGAGCUUUGCCUAAAUUGACAGAGCAUCAUGUCAACCCUGACAAAAUUAAAAAAAUGAAAGUCAGUGUUGCAGCUCAAGCCUUAAGUGCCCGAACUGCUGCCAUGUUGAAAUAUACAAAUGCAGUUUCUAAUUUACACACUGGACACUCUAGCACCAUGGAAACAACAGCUGAAGUCGUUGCAUUUAUUGAUAAGCUUUUUGACAGUGUCAAUUGUAAACCUGGUUGUGCAAAAAAAGGAAAAUUACGAAAGGCAGUAAAGAAUAAUUCUAAACAUCACUCAUUUUGGACAGAAGCCAUAGAGAUAAUUAAAGAAUUAAAAUUUGAGGACAGUAGCAGUAAAAUUGCUGUUAAAGCAGGAAGGCCUCGACUUGUGCGUGUUCCAUCCUUAGAAGGUUGGAUAACAACCUUAGAAAGUUUCAUUAGAAUAUCUAAGUUAUUGUUUGAAAAAUAUAGCAUCGAAUAUUUUUACCCAAGGUUUAUUAACCAGGACCCACUGGAAAAUUUUUUUGGUAGGAUAAGGUCUCUGAAUUAUAGGAAUAUAAACCCAGAUGCAAAUACAUUUCUGCAUGCAUUUAAAUCAUUGGUAUUAACCAAUUUGUUGAGUCCUCACUCAAAAUUUGCCAACUGUGAAGUGGAUGAUGGCGAUUCAUUGCUAGAUGUAAAUUUUUUAUUUGAAAGUUCUUCUAAUGAUAAAGAAAACCGUUUUAAAAUGCCAUCCACUUCACAACAGCAACAACAACAGAUACUAGACCAUAACAGUCCAAGUGGGUCUUUAAAAGACGAAAUUAUACUGGAAAAAAUAAAAGUUCAGUGCUCAGCCUAUACGGCUGGGUUCUUAUGCCGUAAAUUAACUAAAAAAAAUCAAUGUAAGAGCUGCCUAAAAACAUAUACAAGCAGCUCUACAAAUGAAAAUAUUUAUGCUUAUAUAAAAUUUAGAGAAUACGAAAUGCUCAAAAAUGAUAAUUUAGCAUAUCCUAGUGAAAACUUUAUUAUGAUGUACAGGGAUGGAAGUAAUUUAAUACAUAAAUAUUUAAAUAAAAAUGCUUGUGAAAAAAAUAUUGGGAAAAAUUUAAAGAAAAUGCUAAAUAAAAGUUUGAGGUUUUCCUGGUUGGGGUGCUGUUCUUCACACACAGAAAUAUUAAAAAGUGUAUUUUUUAAUAGUAUAAUAAGAUUACAUGUCCACAAUUGGUGCAAUAUUAUAAAUAAAAUUUUGAAAGGGGAUAUCAAACAAAAAUAUGUGUCCAAAAUGGCUGAUAUACAUAAAUCUGCCUACGAAAAAUAUAAAAAGCUCGUACUCCGAAAUAAAAGCGUUUAAAAAUAAAUUUGUUUGAUUU